AUGGCGAGCUGGAUAUUUGUGGCGAUCGCAUGCUGCCUGGUUAGUGGACUACAGGCGCAGACGAACUACUGCACCACAACCUAUUGUAAAGCAGGAAUACCCAACGUGGGCUGUAAUCCCCCUCCCGCAACCGGUGGUACUAGCUGCGCUAACAAGAGUCCUGCCGUAGUGGUAAUGGACGCCAACCUGCAGACUUUGAUUCUUUCCGAGCACAACACACGUCGCUCAAAGUUUGCCUUGGGCCAGAUAGCGAGGUGUCCAUCCUGUCUGCCAUUCCUGCCAGCGACUCGCAUGCCUACGAUCACCUGGGACGCGGAACUGGCUAAGCAAGCUGGCAACAACGCACGUAGCUGCGUCUAUGGACACGAUAAAUGCCGUAAUACGCCUGUGUACGCGUGGGCCGGACAGAACAUUGCCAUGUCACAGUUUUACAACAUGAACAAAACCACUUCCCAAAUUGCUCUGGAGGGUAUCAAUGGCUGGUGGAGUGAAUACAACGUCACCACACAAACUCAGCUGGACGGUUAUCCAUCGGGUUAUACGGGACCUGCAAUUGGACAUUUCACCCAGAUGGUGAGCGAUAGAACUGACAAAAUGGGAUGCGCUAUGCAGUACUGGUUGGAUGGAAUCUGGCAAACAUACUACUUUGUCUGUAACUAUGCCGUUACGAACGUCGUCGGUCAUGCAGCUUACACGAAUGGAACUGUCGCUUCCGGUUGUACUACGGGACGCAACCCUAUUGCUACGCAGAACGGACUGUGCUCAACGGCUGAAAAAAUCGUCCCUAUUUACAACUAA